UUUUUUUUUUUGCUAUUUUCUUAUAUUUUGUAUACCAGAAUAGACUUGAUUAUUAUUAUUAUAAUAAAAAGGAGGGGAAUAAGUUUAAUUAUAUAAUUUCUAUUGAGAUAAAGAUCAGUAUGACUAUAACAUUUAAUAACUGGUGGAGACAGUUUGCUCAAAGUCAUGAAAAUUUGAAGCAUUCUAUUGCAGGCGCUGGCGCUGGCAUUGUUUCGUCUAUCGUAACAUGUCCAUUAGAUGUAGCAAAGACCCGGUUACAAAAUCAAAGUGUUGCUUUACCUGGAGAAAAACUAUAUAAAGGUACUAUAGGUACUUUGAGUAGAAUUUGGCAAGAAGAGGGUAUUCGUGGGUUAUAUAGAGGUUUAGGACCAACAAUAUUAGGCUAUCUGCCUACUUGGGCAAUUUAUUUCACUGCUUAUGAUUAUUGUAAAAAUCAUUGGGCUGAUAGAUUAGUAGGACAUAAUAAAGAAUGGCUAUUGCAUAUUAGUUCUGCUAUGUCGGCGGGAGCAGCAUCUACGAUAUUAACUAACCCUUUGUGGGUAAUAAAAACUAGACUUAUGACUCAAAGUGAAUGGACAGCAUAUAGAUAUAAAAAUACUUUACAUGCAUUUAUAACAAUUGCAGAAGUGGAAGGAUUUAGAGGAUUUUAUAAAGGUUUAGGACCAUCACUUUUUGGUAUUAGUCAUGUUGCUGUUCAGUUUCCUUUAUAUGAAAAGCUAAAGAUUGUAUUCAAUGUGGAUCAUCAUGUUUCGUCAGGGUCCUCUGCCAUUUUACUAGCUUCGUCACUUUCAAAAAUGGCUGCAAGUCUUGCGACAUAUCCACAUGAAGUGAUUCGAACUCGUUUACAGAAUCAAACAAAAAAACCAUACAAAUAUAAAGGUAUUCUGCAUGCUAUUCGAGUCAUGUCCAAAGAAGAAGGUAUUCGAGGAUUUUAUAAAGGUCUAUCAACAAAUUUAGUUAGAACAGUACCUUCUUCGGCAAUGACAAUUCUAACAUAUGAAAUGAUUGUUAAAAAAUUAGAUGAUUUGAAAAAAAAUUAAAAAAGAGAAAAAAAAAAGAAAAGAAAAGAUACAUAAAUAUUUAUUGUAAAUAAAUACCCUAUUAUUA